AUGCCUUUGGUCUAUGGAGGUUCACAAGCCACAAUGAAGAUUCAAGCAUUCACGGCUCUUGCUGUUGUAGCAGCUCUACUGCCGAUAGCGAACUGCGCUCCAUCAGCGAAGCCAGAGGAGGAAGAUCGAUCUUGUGACAAAAGGGACGCGGAAGCCCAAAAAGUGGCUACACCAGUUAAAACCUGCAAUUACUUUUGCUACCCUGACAAAAAUGAUAAUAACUACUGGGAAGAAAAGUUCUAUCCAGACGGUACGCCGUGCUUGUUCAACUUUGGACCACUGGAAAGCAAGUGCAUGAACCACGACUGCCAUCAUCCAUCUAGUCCUAUAUUUAAUCAGACGUUGAAUGCUCCGGGUGGUGACGGUGAAGAGAAGAAAGAAGAAAAGGAAACAGCUGGCAAUGGAGAGAAGAAAGAAGAAGAGAAGAAAGCAGAUGACGGUGGAGAGAAGAAAAAAGAGAACGAGGAAGCAGGUGACGCUGGAAAGAAAAAAGAAGAGGAGAAAGAUGGGGAGGCGAAGGGCGAAAACACAAACGAAGCGAAGGGUAAGGAUGAGCGCGAGGAAAAUAAGAAAGAGGACCAAAAUAACGAGAAGACAGGGGACACGGAUGAAGAUAACAAGCAAGAGUAG